GGGCCGGGGGGCGGGCGGGCGGAGGGUUUCGGGGAGGAAGGAGCCGCCGCCAUCUUGGGAGCUACGAGUCAACAAUAAAGGAGCCGGGGACCCGGGCGGCGGCGGCGGCGGCCUCGGCGCCGCGACACAGGCCCUAUCCGCGGCCAGUGGGAUUGAAGUGAUUAAAUUCAGAUAUAACUAAACUUUGUUAGAGGGCUUUUUUAAAAAAAAGUUGUUUCAGUGCAUCAGAGCAAGUUACUACUGCUUUACCGUUCAGAGACUUACAGGUGCUUGCCUGCAUUGCAAUAAAGGACUCAUAUAUUGAGCAAGACUUAUAUUUAUCUCUUCGUUUUGGAGAGUCUAAUAAACUGUUAUUACAGUUUCUCUACUGACUUUCAAAAGUUUUGAAGUCUAAAAGAGACACCUUUACAAAUAACAAAGCAUGAGCACGGCCAGAACAGAGAACCCUGUUAUAAUGGGUCUAUCCAGUCAAAAUGGGCAGUUGAGGGGCCCUGUGAAGCCCAGUGGUGGCCCUGGAGGAGGGGGCACACAAACACAGCAACAGAUGAACCAGCUGAAAAAUACCAACACAAUCAAUAAUGGCACUCAACAGCAAGCACAGAGUAUGACCACCACAAUUAAACCUGGUGAUGACUGGAAAAAGACUUUAAAACUCCCUCCAAAGGAUUUGAGAAUCAAAACUUCGGAUGUGACCUCCACAAAAGGAAAUGAGUUUGAAGAUUACUGUUUGAAACGGGAGUUACUGAUGGGAAUUUUUGAAAUGGGCUGGGAAAAACCGUCUCCUAUUCAGGAGGAGAGCAUUCCCAUUGCUUUAUCUGGUAGGGAUAUCUUAGCUAGGGCUAAAAAUGGAACUGGCAAGAGUGGUGCCUACCUCAUUCCCUUACUUGAACGGCUAGACCUGAAGAAGGACAAUAUACAAGCAAUGGUGAUUGUUCCUACUAGAGAAUUAGCCCUACAGGUCAGUCAAAUCUGCAUCCAGGUCAGCAAACACAUGGGAGGGGCCAAAGUGAUGGCAACCACAGGAGGAACCAACUUACGUGAUGACAUAAUGAGGCUUGAUGACACAGUACAUGUGGUGAUUGCUACCCCUGGAAGAAUUCUGGAUCUCAUCAAGAAAGGAGUAGCGAAGGUUGAUCAUGUCCAGAUGAUAGUAUUGGAUGAGGCAGAUAAGUUGCUGUCCCAGGAUUUUGUGCAGAUAAUGGAGGACAUUAUUCUCACGCUACCUAAAAACAGGCAGAUUUUACUAUAUUCAGCCACUUUCCCUCUUAGUGUUCAGAAGUUCAUGAAUUCCCAUUUGCAAAAACCCUAUGAGAUUAACCUGAUGGAGGAACUAACUCUGAAGGGAGUAACCCAGUACUACGCCUAUGUAACUGAGCGCCAGAAAGUACACUGCCUCAACACACUUUUCUCAAGGCUCCAGAUAAACCAGUCAAUAAUUUUCUGCAACUCCUCUCAACGUGUUGAACUAUUAGCUAAGAAGAUUUCCCAACUGGGCUAUUCUUGCUUCUAUAUCCAUGCUAAGAUGAGGCAGGAACACCGAAAUCGUGUAUUCCAUGAUUUCCGAAAUGGCUUAUGCCGUAAUCUUGUUUGCACUGAUCUGUUUACCCGAGGUAUUGAUAUCCAAGCUGUGAAUGUGGUGAUAAACUUCGACUUUCCAAAGCUGGCAGAGACCUAUCUCCAUCGUAUUGGCAGAUCAGGUCGCUUUGGUCACCUUGGUUUGGCCAUCAAUUUGAUCACAUAUGAUGAUCGAUUCAAUCUAAAAAGUAUUGAGGAGCAACUGGGAACUGAAAUUAAACCCAUCCCAAGCAACAUUGACAAGAGUCUGUAUGUGGCAGAAUACCACAGUGAGCCUGUAGAAGAUGAGAAACCUUAACAAGCAUGCUUUGACAAACUACAGAAGCCCAUCUGGAUCUGUGACACAUCGUUUCUUUGGGAAUGCUCUUCUCUUUGUGGGUUUUUCGUCUUCUUUUCGUUUUGGAACUAUGAAGACUUAAAAAGAGCUCAGACUUUUUUUUUUCUUUUUAAUCUGGCGGAGAGGAGAAAAAAGCUGAAAAGAAGGAAUAUACCUUUUUUGUUCCACUUGUUUGCACUGUGUGCUGACUGAACAUUAGUUGCACUAACUGCUGGUUUUAAAAAAUUUCUUCUGGGAGGCAGGGGAAGGAGGAAAAAAAAAAGGAAGAGGAGGGGAGAAACCCUGAAAAGAGAAGAAUCUUGAUAAACACAAGCUUGUCUACUAUUUCAAAAUCUCCAACAGUUGACUAGGAGUGCAUUUCAACUUCUCCCUGGUUCUCAUCCGUUUUUAAGCCUAAAGAGCUUGUUACUUAUUUGUGCGAAGUGCCUUAUGCUAUGAGACCAUUCAGAAUAUCAUCUUUCAGACACAGCCCAAGGAAUCAACAAUGGCAAUUCUUUCUUUUUUUUCCCUCUCCCCAUCCCUUUUUGUUUUCAGGUCAGUCUCCUUCCCUUCCCCUCCUCAUUCACCCAAAUACUCAAGCCCAGGGCUGGGAAAUGAAACAUAUUGGUAAUGUUAAACACUUGUUUUUUGUUUGGUUUUUCAUCGGAGGAGUUGAUAUGCAACAGCAGUUCACCCGCACUGUAAAUACAUGUAUUUAAAAAAAACCCAAGUAAAAAAAUCUGGGCUGAGUAGGUGCAACAUCAUCGCUCCCGAAGGAAAGAGCAGUCUAUCAUUGCAGGAGCCAUAUGACAAGCCUUUGUGCUCUUUAGCAGAACACUAAAGACUGGUUUACAUAAGCCUCCAUUAGUAGUUAUGGCACUUGAUGUGUAGACAUGUCAGAGCCUUGACCCUCUUUCCUCUGUGGCAAAGCGUGUCCCAUAGAAAAUUGGAUGUGUAUACUUGUAUAAACUUUGUAAAUACGUUUUUUUCUGGGUUCAUAUAUAACUUUUUUUUUAUGAAGGUUGCUGGGAUUAAGGGGAUUAGACUGAUUAUGGGAGCAGCUAAAAAUGAGAGGGGCUCAGUUUUUCGCAACACUAAACUCUAAAAAGUGCUCCGGCCUCUUACUGUAGAAAGCAGGCCUCUAUGGGGAAAUCCAAGAGUUGAGAAAGGGACUUUAGGGUGGGUGAUAAGGGGUAUUCACUUAAAACUUGCUGCCACACUACUCUACCCAAUACUGUGGAGGAAUCCUAGAGAGAGAACAAAGAAGCUUAAAAAAUGUAUAGCUCAAAAUGUUUUUGAGAUGCUUUCUGACAUUCCUCCUUCCCCCCUCUUCAAAAAUAAACAAAAAAACUUCAUAAACUACAUGCUCUGAAAAAGGGGGUAAAGAUUAAUCUACCUUGUAGAGUAAACAUUCUAGCAGAUGGUAGUAUUGUUGAGCAGCAUAUAUAAAGCACAGAUUUGAGUUUCAGAAUAUUAGAAGAUACCAGUUUAUAUAAACUGACUUCUGGAGCUUUUUUUCUGUGGAUCAUUUCUUUUAGUGUAUGCAUUUGUUGCCCCCAAACACCUUGAUGAACAGAUUUUGUGCAGGAAUGGGCAAACCCUGAGACCUGUUAACUAAAAAGCUACAGAAAGCUGCUUGCCAUCCUCUAUGUUUUGGCAUGAUUUGCUGUCUGUCAUUCUGCAUUGUAUAUUGCUGGCAAACGCUUUAUGGUCAAUAGUGUUGCUUUAAAUUGUGCCCCUCCCAAUAUGCUUGAUGUUUGGCCUGAUCUCCAGGCAAAAGGAGUGAGAAGAAUCAAAACCAGUAAACUUUUUUGUUGUUGUUGUUUUGUUGUUGUUGUUGUUGGGGUUUUUUUUUCUUUUCUUUAAUUCCCUUUUUAGCCCAGUGUACUGUAGUCAGUCAGGAGGCAUCUUCAAACCACAACCUCACUUUCCCAACUCCAAGACAGUUUUUCCAGAUCCAUUGUUUUUAAAAAGCCCUAAUAUAAUCAGAUCCUAUGUAUUCUUCCAUGUUUAUCACCUGGACAAAAGAAUUGAUCUUAUAAGUUAUGGUUUUAUUUUUUUUAACUAUUCUUACUUUAUUCUAAACAAAAUUGUUUAUAGACCGAUCAGAAACCUGACCGGUGCCUCCUGAUCAGACUUUACAAUGAUUCUUUUCCAACUGUGUAGCAAGAGCUGCGUUGCACAGUACAAACUCAGACAGUAAUUAGAGCUAUAUGAGCCAUAUACUGUCUAUCCAACAAAUGUUAGGUACUAAAUGUAAACAAUAAUUUAGGAAAUAACUUUUUUGAGGGGGGAGGGAAUAUAUGGGUAACAAAUUUUGACCAAAUUUUAAAUUUUACCCUCGUACUGAAGCAGCUCAUUUUUUUUUUCUGGCGAGACAAGAGGGAUCAUUUAAUACAACAAAGAUGGAGAAGCAAAUGUAAAUAUAAUUUUGUAUCUCGCAACAGAGUUUGUGUGUGAGUGAACAAGCAGAUCAGUCCCACUCUGCCAGUCAUGGACUGUUCUGCCUGGUCCAGGAUAGGUAAGCUCAAUGCCAUGCGCCAUUGGAUCCCUCUUGAAGCACAGAUUUAAAAUUGAAAGUAUUACUAAAGCUCAGCCUCUGAUGAGGAGUGGCACUUAAAAUGUCUGGAGCACCAUUAUUGAACAGCUUUCUGUUAAGACUGUUGUCCAAUUCUGGUUCUUGACUCUUGAAUAGGAAUUGCAAAUGGAAAGAUGCUCUAAAGAGCUAGGUAAAAAACCUGGUCUUUUGUUUUUAUUUUUUUUUUAAUCCCCUUGCAAUAAGGAACAUUGUAACUUUUGGGGGAUAUUCUCAGAUUCCAAUUUUGGGGUGUUUUGUUUUGGGGUUUUUAUUUAACAUCAACAUUUUCCAUUGGUUCAUUUGGGUUAGAACAAGUCCUUAUUUUUAAUAUUCAAACCAUGGGUCUAGCAUGUAGUUUGGCCUGUGGUAGUGCAGUUGGUGUAACAGAAAAUAUAACACUCUGCUGCUUCUCGGCCCAUAUUUUCCCCCUUAUUCCCUCCUCAGUCCCCAUUGGAAAAAAAAAAUCAAUCUUCUUCCCUUUUGAAAUGGAAUAAAUUUUUGUCUAAAUUGAUCUUCCUGAGGAGGGAGAAGAAAGGGACAGAGGAACCUAGACUUGUUUCUCAAUUAUCUCCAAUUUGGUCCCAAGUUCAAUAUGGGUUGGUCCCAAUGGGUUGGUGGGUGGGUUGGUCAUCAAUAUUUGUGUUCAGAAUGAGAUGAGAGCAUCUUUCCUUUGCUGUGUGCUUUGUGCUUGUUUGUCACCAAGUGUGGGUAAGAACCAGACUGCUCAGCACAAAGCUCCUUCUAUAACUGUUGGUAUCAAAACAUCUCAUUCUGGUCACUUUUUUUGUUCAUUUGUUUUUGUUUUAAUAGGGAUGGGAGGGCGGGUGUCUACACAAAGGAUUUAGAGACACUUCAGAAGCUUGUAGCCUCACCAUCAACUUCUCUCAACCACACUCUUGACCUCACAGAUGAGUAGCAGCACAAAGGUGAAAUAAUUAAAUUUUCCUUGUGAUUUGAGCCUUGUUAGUUUAACUUGCCAUUCGUUGUCAUCCUAAAUGUCUCUUUCCCCCUUUACUGCUGUGUAUCAAUUUUCUGGCAGUGUCUGGCCAGCAUUGAAUUCAACCAGCAACCAAACCACCAGCUCCACAGAGCAGUAUUGGUUCAUGGGAGCUAAAGCAAUUUACUUUAGUAAACUAGAACUAAAGGCUCAUCUGUUAGAUUAGGGGUGUGUUUAUGAAGAGGUGAUGAUUUAUGAGGCUGAAAAGAACAAGUCUGGCACCUAGAUUCUGCCCCAUCUGUAGCUAGCAGAUUCUAGAAGAAGUGUAUCUAAAUUCACCUGUGGACAAUAUGGGGUAGGGAAGGGGUGGGGGGAGGGGUGGGGUUAUUAAGAUACAGGCUACUGUAUUUUAACCAAUGAUUGUGGGGGAGGGGUAUCUGGAGAAAACAGUCACUAUUCCCUUUAUUGAAACAAAACUGGAACAUGAUUUUUUUUCUUAAAGAAACAGAAGCUAUUAUUUUUUGUUCAAUUCAAAUGGGAGACUUAAAUCCAGUGUCCCUAGCCACAAGGGACCAGUUCCUUCCACUGAGAAGUAAACAGUGGGAACUCAAAUUUGAAAACAUUUGGGCAAGGGGAGAAUUGGCUUUCUGUUAAUUGGCUAAUAGUCCAGUGGGGCUGUGUUUUUGAUGGGAUGUGGUGUAUUCUAUGUAUAUGGAUAUGGAGCCAAGAGUCUCCACUCAGUUCAUAAAGUUCAGAAAAGAUGGUUGGCAAAAUCUUGAUUUUGUUCAUUUAUCUCAAUAAAAGCCCACUGGAACUCCA